UGUUUUCUGUUUUUGGUUCGCUGCGCUGGCUCUUGCGUGUUUUCGUUUCAUUCCGCGGAAAACCUUCAUCCGGUUCACCCAGCCAGCAGCCCAGCCAAGGUGCGGAAAAUUGAUUUUUCCCAGCCAGUCAGUUGUCUACGGUGUGUUUGUGUGUGUGUGUGUGUUUGAGGAAAACGCGAUUCGUGAUUUUUCUCACUCAAGUGGGUGAAUACUUCCCGGAGCGGGCGGCUACAGGUGAUCGAAAAGGUGGUUUGGUGUUCUGGAACCGGAAUUGAGCUCCCACUUGGCCGGAAAUGGACGCGUUAACAGACGAGGUUGAAUCCUUGGAGGCGAUCCUGAUGGACGAUGUUCAAAUCACCAGAAAUGAAAGCGGAUAUCCGGAGCUAAUCGAAACCACCGUAUUUCCAACCGUGGGCGAGGAAGUGGACAGCCAGUACGUGUGCAUCACGUUGCAGGUCCUCCCCGUGCCCGGUUACCCGGACGUGAAGCCCAACAUAAAGCUGAAAAAUCCGCGCGGGUUAGACGACCACAUCAUAAACUGUAUCGAAGCGGCCGUUCGUCAGAAGCUGGACGAGUGCCUCGGUUCGCCGGUGGUGUUUGACCUGAUCGACAUCAUUCGCGAGCACCUGACCGAGAGUAACCUCCCCACCGGCCAGUGUGUGAUUUGCUUGUACGGGUUCCAGGAGGGGGACGAGUUUACGAAAACGGUGUGCUAUCACUACUUGCACAGUCACUGCCUGGCGUGCCAUUUGAAGGCGUCGAAGAAGAAUUACGACGAAGAGUUAGCCAAGAUGCCGGGUUGGAAGCAGAAGGAAGCCAAGCCGUACCGGGCGCUGUGUCCAGUUUGUCGGGAGCCGAUCGAUGUUGACGUGGACCCGUUGAGCAAGUGUAGACCUCCGACGGAACUGUCCAACGCGCCCCGGUUCCAACUGACCGAUGAGUUGAAGUCGCUGCAAGCACAAAUGAACCGACUCUAUCUGCACCAGAAGAGCCGCGGCGGAAUUAUCGAUUUGGACGCCGAGGAGGGAGGGGUGAUUUCGAUCGAGACCGAGACUCCCAACAGCGAGUCGCCGAAACGCACAAACAAUAUUGCACAAGAUGCUGCGGAGAAUCCGGUUGCGGCAGCGCCACCAGUUCAGAAGCAAAGCACGCAUCAACACGUGGAUCGUGGAAACAAUUCUCGCCAUGGAGGUGGGAGGAACAAUCCUGGUGGGAGCAAACAUUCCCACGGAAAGGGAAAGGCAAAUGUUGUCCAGAAUGGCAAUGCUCAAACGGCGGAUUCAAGCACGGCCGACGCUGGCGUCGGUGAAAGUCCCGAAGAGCACCACCAUUCGCAUUCGCAUCGCCACUAUCGUGGUGGACAUCGCCACCACCGGCGAAGCCAUCAUCACCAUCACCAUGGGCACAAUCGCAGCGCGGCCGGCGCGUCAUCUUCGUCGGGCGGAAACGCGGCCACCAACGGCAACGCGCCCCAGAAGAACUUAAACAAUCCGUGCGGAUCCGGCGCUAGGUGACAAAUGUUGCCCCCGGAACUGGAAGACUGGUGCGGAACGGCUCCGUUCGCCAACGGCCACCAGCAGCAGCAGCAGCGGGUACUGCCCAACCCGAAUCAUUAUCCGCCGGCGGCGGCUGCUGCAACUCACCACCAUCAUCACCGACACCGCCAGCUGGUGGAUGACACUUCGACCCGGACGCAACUGCUGCUGAUAUAACAUUUGGCCAUCGGACCAGGUAACGCAAUUUUUCAAUUUAAUCACACUUCUAGUAGCAAUAGACUAGCAGCAGCCACUUUACGACUGAUUAGAAUAUCAUUAAGGAAGCCAACGAGCGAGGCCAAAAAUUGCGCCGAAAUGGUGGCGGUGAUGAGUUGUGAUCUUUUAUAACGUUUCGGCGGUCGAGGGUUGCGGGGGUAGCUGUGGAUUUUAAGGAAUUCUUUUUGUAACUGACCUUAAGAGCGGAUUUAUGUGGCCGUUUGUGGAGGAAGCUAACUGCUUUGCAUUGUGUUUGGUGGUUGAUUGCAUUGAUAUAUCGUGAUUUACAAUUGAAUUAAUAGUAAAUUUCUUGAUAAACCAAAUACAUUUGAAGCAUUCGUAACUUUUUCAGUUAUGCGAGUUUUUUUUUUUGCGCAGCUCUCUGAAACUUUGUACAACCCUUCGAAUACAAAAGUCAGAGUAGUUAAGCCGGUACGCGACUGGAAUGGCGUUGAAUAACGUAGUUCAUGUCAGUUUCGUUCAUACCGAUAGGUACAGUACUUGUUCGGUAACUGGGAUGAGAACGUAGGCCAGUUGCCAAAUUCUGCUUGCUAACUGGGCUGAACGAAAAAUGCCGAGGGGUAAUCUCUACUUAAUUUAAUAUAAAAAUUAAAUUUACUCAAAGUUGUACCUAGAACUGACUUUGUUUAGUUUCUUUCAUUUGUGACCUGAAAUUUCACAAAAACCUAAAAAAAAAAUAUUAUUUAUUAUUCUUGAUUGUUGCAUCCACUGACUCAUUUUGGUUUGUUUUUGUUUUUUGACGUUUUUUUGGUUUUGAAGUGGGCUUCAGCAAGUUAAAAAACUGAAAGCGGUUCCGUAACCAUCACUUUUGAAACUUGAUUUGCAGAAAAUGCCAACUUUUCAGAAAUUUCCAGAACGGGCAAAAAAAUCUUUGAGCGAGUUAUAAAUUUUUAAACCAAUACUAAUUUAAAAAAAAUCGAAAAAUCGGUCGCAAAAAUUUUUCGAAAAAAAAAAAACUACUUUAGUGAAAUUUUGAUAAAGUGCACCGUUUUCAAGUUAUAGCCAUUGUUAGGUAACUUUUUUGAAAAUAGUCGCUGUUAUUAAUUUUAAAAACAAGUGCCCAUGUUUACCCACUUUUGAAAAAAAAAAAUUGAUGAGCUCUGUGCUUUUUAGAACUUUAUUGAUACGACCCUUAGUUGCUGAGAUAUUACUAUGCAAAGAUUAAAAAACAGGAAAAUUGACGUUUUCUAAGUCUCACCCAAACAACCCACUUUUUUCAAAUGUCGAUAUCAUAUCUCAACAAUUAAUGGUCCGAUUUUCAAUGUUAAAAUAUGAAACAUUCGUGACAUUUUCCGAUCUUUUCGAAAACAAUAUUUUCAAUAAAUCAAGACUAACAUUUCAGAGGGUCAAACAUGCAAUAUUACGCUUUUUUUCAACUUUGCCGAAGACACCAAAUCGAUCAAAAAAUUCCUUCAAAAGAUACAGAUUUUUGAAUUCCAUAUAUAAUACAAUCCAACGAGAGUCAUCAUUUUUUGAAAUUCCGAAAAACUCCCUUUGAAUAAAAUUUGUAAUCAAAUGUCAAAAGUGAAACUUUAAAGCCUCUUGUAUCGAAAAGUAGCCGAGCUCCCGUGACCGUGAGGUUACGGGUUUCGCUUUGUAAGCGGAAGGUGAUGGGUUUGAUCCCUGUCUGGCUCGGCAAAGUCAGGUCCCUUAAAAGAGUAAAUAUGCUCACUGGGAAUACUGACCGGUAGCGUGCUGGGUUUGCAAUCCAGAAGUCGUGAGUUCGAUUCUCGUACCGAAAAGUAGGCCCUUUCGUCAUUAAGUAUGACAGAAAAAGUGAAUAGUUUACCGACGGAAUAACAGCAAAGAGAAUUUUAAAAAUUUAAAAGAAAUUAAGACUCACCAAUCAAAACAGUUAGCAAUUCCAUAGAAAAUGGUUGACUGAGCAUCGCAUCAGAUGCCACUGGUAUGGAGGUGUGCAAAUGCACGGUAAAGUGAACAGGGAACGGAUGUGAUUUUAAACUAUGGUUAAGUCGUCCAAUUUUUAAGUCGUCCUCAGUUGUGUCCACAUUCGGUGCUGAUAAUUUCACACGGUAAGCAAUAUUUGCUUACAAGCGUUCCGGUUUCGGUUGUUUAUUUCGCGUAAUUUUAUUUUUUCAAAGCUCCACAAUAUUAAUGGCAAAAACCAGAUGAUAUUCUAAUCCAUCGAAUUGGAACAUACUCAAAAAUAUUCAAAAUAAUGCAAACCAAAAUAUUCAAACCACUAGGAAUCAGCUGCAAUAGAUUAAACGAACAAUUUAAACAAACAAACAGUAAAUCAAUGUAGUACGCGGAAUACAUUCCUCGCCAGAGUACCGUAGACGUACCGGAGUCGAUUUCGAUGUUUGUGUGAAUGUAGUCUAAGAGAAACUUCUCCUCCGAGAGGGUAGUCGAAACCCUGAGCACAGCAGAUUUGUGCAUCCUCAGUUAAUUGUGUGAUUUUGUGUCCUUCUACUUGGUUCAUCCUUAAAAAAAACAGUCUAAGUUUACCGUGUAGCAGUUUUAAACCUUUCGAACGCUUUUAUAGCGUGCCAAAAAACUAAUUAACUAAAACUCACUGUACUAUCUCUAACACACAAAACUAACUUAUUCAAUGGACUGUAACGGUUAAUUAAGAGGGACAACCUAGAGUGGUGUCCUAGUUAGUGCAACAUUGAAGGAUAUCUGGCAACAUGGAAAUCAAGCUAAUAUAUGGAACAUCAAUUCAAUUCUUACCUUUAACUCAAGCAAAUCGCAUCACCAAUCAAAUAUACUUAAAGGCAAAUAGUUGUAGGGGUCAAAAUUUCAAUGUAAUUUCAAUGAAAUGAGUAAAAAAAAGAAAAGAAAAGUACGAAGCGUGUCGCAUGCCAUUCUUGAAAGUAAACCAGUCAAAGCUAAACCAUA